AUGGUUGUAGGGGUCAGUGACGAAUUGAACAAGCUGAUUGAUCAGUCAAACAAGGCCGUACUAAAGCUUAAGAAGGGAUUGGAGACACUGAAAGAGGAAAAUGCCACUUUUGCUGCAAAGAAUCCAAACAGCUCUGAAGCAAGAAUCCGCGAAAACCUUCAUGCAGCAGUAACGCGAAAAUUUAGAGAAAUUUUAAAGGAAUAUCAAGCUGUCCAGACUGACUUCAAGAAAGACGUUCGAGAAAAAGUCACUCGUCAAGUUAAAAUAGUUUUCCCGGAGGCGAAUGACGACGAAGUUGGUAGGAUGGUGGCUGAUGGGGACGCGGCAACAGCUCAGGCAAUUCGGCUGCGUAUGACUGGCAUAAAUACAGAGAUAUCAGAAGAUUGGAACAAAGUGAGAGCAACUGUUGGGUAG